CCGAGACAACCCAUUACUGCAUUUCGGAUUUGUUACCAACCAAUGUUUGUCAAAUAUCUUUCCUAAUUUCUAAUCUUAUUUAGAUUUACUUCCGAUUGAAUCCAUAUACAUCACAAGUUUACCCACUAGAUACCAAUAAACCCGAUCUAAUAGAGAAAAUGCGUAGAGAUGCAAAGCUAUAUAUUCGACGAAACAGGGAAAAAAUUGAUGCAGCAGUCGCCCAGUUGGAAACAAAACCUUCAUUUAACCAACGCAUAUACGUUUCAAGAUUUCGGCAGAUAGAGAGAAAAAUUUCAUGGAAUAACUUAAAAAAUUGGAUAAAAAAUAAACUUCCAAAUUCAUUGUUUAAAAUGGUAUAA